AAUCUCAAUGUUUCAGAAGAAAUGGAGAAGAAAGACAAGUUUAAGAAUAAAAAAUUCAAACACAAGAAAUUUUCUCAUCCUAAGAAAGAGGAGAAGAAGAAAGUGAAGAAGAUAGAUACAAUGAAGGAGAAUAUAAACAAACUAACAUCAAGAUAUGAAGAAAUUGACACAAAAACUAUAAAAACUUUCAGUGAGUUUCCUCUGAGUAAAGAGACCCUGAAAGGGUUGAAAGAAGCUGGAUUCGAUAAACCGACAGAGAUUCAACGAGAAUCAAUAGGAUUGGCUUUACGAGGUCUUGAUAUUCUUGGUGCUGCUAAAACUGGAUCUGGAAAAACACUAGCUUUUAUAAUUCCGAUAAUAGAGAAACUGUAUACUGAACAGUGGAGUAGAACAGAUGGUGUUGGUGCCCUGAUCAUUACUCCUACUAGAGAACUAGCAUACCAGAUAUUUGAAGCCCUGAGAAAGGUCGGAAAAUUCCAUGCUAUCAGUGCUGGUCUCGUCAUAGGAGGGAAGGAUCUAAAGUUUGAAUGGAAACGAUUGCAGGGUUGUAAUAUUGUGGUCUGUACCCCGGGCAGGCUUCUGCAGCAUUUAGACGAGAAUCCAGCAUUCAACAUGGACAAUCUUCAGAUUCUAGUUCUAGACGAAGCGGAUAGAUGCCUGGAUCUAGGAUUUCAACAAGCCAUGAACUCAAUCAUUGAUGGUUUACCGGCACAGAGACAAAGUUUACUCUUCUCAGCAACACAAACCAGGAGUGUAACUGACCUGGCAAGGUUGAGUCUAGAGAACCCUGUUUACGUAUCUGUACAUGAAAACUCAGAUCAUACAACCCCAGAUAAUCUUACUCAAUCCUACAUUGUUACAGAUCUACAAAACAAGAUAAAUAUUUUGUGGUCUUUCUUGAAGAAUCACAAGAAGAAGAAGAUCCUCGUGUUUAUGCAGAGUUGUAAACAAGUUAAAUAUAUCUAUGAAAUAUUUUGCAGAUUAAGACCUGGGUUGUCUGUUCUAGCUCUGUACGGAACACUACAUCAGUUGAAAAGGAUGGCAAUCUACGAUCAGUUUUGUGGAAAGGAAUCAGCUGUUCUUUUCGCUACAGAUAUUGCUGCCAGAGGAUUAGAUUUCCCUGCUGUUGACUGGGUUGUACAGUUGGAUUGUCCGGAGGACGGAGUUACAUAUGUACACAGGGCUGGUCGAACUGCAAGAUAUAAUACAGCUGGAGAAAGUUUACUAGUUUUACUACCGCAGGAGGAGGAGGGAAUGCUGAAACAACUUAAUGCACAUAAAAUACCUAUUUCAAAGAUUGAGAUAAACCCCGCGAAGCUUCAACAAAUCGAGAAGAAAAUGGCGGCACAUCUUGCCAGUGACAAGAACCUUAAAGAAUCAGCACAGAGGGCCUUCCAGUCUUAUAUUAAGUCCGUCUACCUUAUGAAGAAUAAAAAUAUAUUUAAUGUUCAUAAACUUGAGACGGAGAAGUUUGCGGAGAGUCUAGGUUUAGCUGCUCCUCCCAGGGUUCGCUUUCUAGACAAACAGAAGAAAAUCAUCGAAGCUCGGAAGAAGAAGGAUGUUAAGGAAGUCGCUAAAGAUGAAGAGGAAGAUGAUGAAAGUGUGGAGAUGGAGAAUAUAAAGAAUGCAAGUGAGAAGAUCCAGUUGACAGCUGAUGCUGACAGUGACGCAGAAAGCGAUGAAGACAUCUUCACAGUUAAACGAACCAAUGUUCAGAUAGAAGAUGAUGUCGAAGAAGAUGCUGAGGUUGAUAGGUUUAACAAGAACAGGAUAACCUCCAAGGUUCAGAUGGCAAAGAGAAUGCUGAAGAAGAACAUAAUUCCUAACAGUAAGGUUUUGUUUGAUGAUGAAGGAGAUGUGAAGACGGAUAGUGCCAAGAUGAAGGUUAGUGAGGAGGGCAGGCUCUACGAGGCGGAGACACUGGAUCGUGAGGGCGGAGGUAUUGAUAUUGAGCGAGCUAAGGAGGUUCUUAAAGCGGAGGAUAAGUUUGACAAGCAGGCGGAGAGAGCCAGACACAAGGAGAUGCGGAAGGAAAAGAAAAGAAAGGAGAAGGAGGCUCGGAAAAGAAAACGUGAAGAAGAGGACGAAGAAGAAGAGGGUGAAAGCGACAGUGGAGAGAGUGUUGACUUGUCUUGGUUACCAGAUCCAGAUAAGAUCUAUGGUAAGGAGGGAGGUGAAGAGUCUGAGAAGGAAGAAGAGGAGGAGGAGGAGAGUGAAGGAGAGACGGAGGUGAAGGAGAAGGCGGACAAGAUAACAGUGAUAAAGAAGAGAAUACCGAAGAAAGCAAAGUUAGAGGAAGAAAAUGUUGCGCUUGACACUGGACUCUCAUUAGAAGAUGACGAAGAUCUUGCUCUUCAACUUUUAUCAAGAUAAAUUUAUUUUUCAGA